AAUUGCAUUACCACCCUGCAUCUCCCCUUUCGAACCCUGGAUACUAGCGCCCGUCAUGGAAGCAUGUAAUUGCUAACCUAUGAUAACAUGAUAAUUUUGUGGCCAGGGAACCAGUCCAGAUUCCAACCGUCCCAAAGAUGAGCCGCGAACAGACGAAGGCGGCCCAUUACAUCCAGUUGUUGGAUGGGGCGCGCUGUGAAGGGAACUGGGCUGCUGUGCCAGAGCUUGUCAGGAAGAUCAGGAAGCAUGCGCCUGGGCGGACGUGCCUUACCUUGACCGCCGAAUGCGAACAUGCCGUCACGCAGGCCGCGCUCUCUCGACCUUCAAGCGCGCGACCCUCGACCGCGACCUCUUCUCAAUACUCGACCCUUUCGAAGUAUAUCCCCCAAUUAGGCAGUGCUAUUGAGGAUGAGAAAACUCACGUGGAGGAUGAGUUUCAGGCACGAGUCUGUCUUGGCUGGAUACACUGGCUCCUGGGCGAACCGGCUGUUGCAGCAGGCCAGCUGCCAAAUAGACUGGAGGAGGAAUUUACACAACUCGAUGGGACGAACAAGGAAUCGGCAGAAUGGACAAAGGUCUGUGCUGCAAAGGCUCUGUUUAUAAAGGGGAGCUCCAUGGCAAAGAUAGGAGCAGUUGCUGAGGCGUUGGAAACCUUCGAAUCUGGACUUCCGAUUUUGGUGGCUGUGUCCUCAGCGCAGAAUGCAGGGAAAGAGCUGCGAGUCUGGGCAGAGCUUUUCUUGACCGAAUUCUGCAUAAUUUCUAGUCAAGCAGCGAAGUCGAAGACUACCUCUAUAUCGGAGAUAGAGACGUUGUCUGCUUUCCGGGCAUGGGGGAAGUUCUGGGACAGUCAGGGCUCUACGGUCACUGGUGGUUAUGCACCACACUCUAAAGCUCCUCGACGACAAGUGUGGAUGGAGUAUUACAUUACGCUUUCCAACCUCCUGAGGCAGGACUUACCUUUCCCGGCCCCAGAGCGCACAAUCUCACACGCUACAACUUUGACUAGACCCCAACAACGAGCCGAAUUAAAGUCGGUCGAGGCAAAAUACGAGGGCUUGCUACUUAGCGAGGUACGAUUUCCAAAAGCUGAUGAAGUCAAUGAAGAGGUGGAGACUUUCGUUGAUAUUGUGAUGCGGAACUGGGCCAUACUGUGCGGAAGAAGCUGGAGAGAACAAGAUCUGGGAGAAGGUGGAGCGGAAUCUAUUAGCAGAGGAGUUUUGGACAUUCUUUAUCGAGCAGCUACGAAGACAUUCCAUUCUACCGCUAUUCUGCGACACCUAUUCACGGUCCAUCUGUCAAUAGCAGAGUUCGACCUGGCGUUCAAGGCAUUCGAUACCUAUAUGGAAAUCGUCAAAAGAAGCAGGGCACGUAUUGAACGGACCGGAGAGAGGGAGCCAGCCCUUGAUAAUGAUGAGACGGUGCUCAGGACAACCUCGGAAUGUAUCAAGGCAUUAUGUCGAUAUGGUUCACGGCAGGGAGCGGAAAAAGCAAGAGAUAUCUCGCGCUUUGUCGAAGAUUGGCUGGAAAAAUUCCACUCUGUCCCAAGGCAGGAUGAGCAUGGCCGACCGCUUGAAACUAGAGGUACUACGGAUCUUGGCGAGGCUAUAGCUCCGGAGGUCUUUGCUCUGGCUUGGAGGUGUAUUGGGAUUAGCCACGCCCAAUGGGCGCGGCUGACUCCUGAUGCUUCGUUGAGAUCGGAUAUUCAACUGAGAGCGGUGAAAUGUCUUCGGAAAUCCCUGCUACCAGAAUACGAAAGCACAGCUGAUGCUGAGACGGUGUUUGCAUUGGGAACACUUCUCGCCGAACGAAGGGAAUUAACUGCUGCUAUUGAUGUGGUGAAGUCCGGUCUUUUAUCUGCUCAAUCGUCUAGAGGCCGCAUGAAUGACGUGGGAUCACACCCUGGCCGGUUCGCAAAGGAGAGAUCCUUAGUACCUCUGUGGCACCUCAUGGCAUUAUUGCUUAGUGUCAGACAAGAAUUCUCGACAGCAGCGAGGUCAUGUGAAGGGGCCUUCGAACAGUUCCAGGAUCCCAGGAAUCUCUGGGGGGAGUCGGAUCUCGAUUAUCGAAGCGACCAUUUGAAUGAGAAGUCUCCUCCAAGACAACAGGGUGUCGUUGACGAUAUGGAUGAUUUUGAAAAGGAGAAUAUUCUUGAAGUCAAGAUUACGCAACUCACUCUGGUUGAGGUUCUAGAAGGACCAGAAGUUGCUGUCAAUUCCAGCGAUGAGCUUCUCAACCUGUACACUAGAUUGUUUGGAGAUCCACAACAAGCUGUCACAGCACCCCUUCCAAGUGCUCCUUUGCGUCCUCCCCCUAAAAGCUCUGCAGGUACUAUUAAGAGUAUCAAAGGAAGCAUCUUUGGUCGUUCGCAUCGGUCUGUGCGGAAGUCACUCACUGCGCCGAUAAGAGAAGAAAAGUCUGGAAGUGAUGCAACACCCCAGGCCAUCCAAACAACAGCCAAUCCACCCGCGCCCACUAUCCAAGUCACGAAUGAAAGUGGCGGAGAGGCAAAGCAACAUAAUCGACUCGAAAAACAGCCGAAGAUUGAAAAACGGCUCCGAAGAAAGUCAUCUGCGGCUACCAGAACUAGAAGCAUAAGUGCGGGACGGCGCAGCACUAUCACGAAUCCUGCAGCCGUUGUCGAUGGCGAUGAGUUCUAUACUCCUCCAAGCGACAGUCAAGACCGAGGUCAAUGGAUUGAUAACGACCAACGGGCUAGUCAGGUGGGAGUCGCUAUUUCUGAUGAUACCACUAUCAACAACUCGCAACAAGCAAUGCAACAACCAUUGCCUCCUAAAUCACAACAAAUGGCCCACAAGGAGAAGUCGUUGAAACCGGCUAGCUCCGAUCCAGCAAAAGCUCAAGAUACCCGAUUACCAAACGUGACAGCUUAUACUUCAUCUACAAGUCCUGCGACGAGAUUCCCCAAACGACAACAAAAACUGCGCAGAACAUCCAUCUUGGUGAAAGUCUGGCUGUUAAUAUCUGGAUUUUACCGUCGGGCAUCAAUGUAUGAUGAUGCAAGAGGUGCGAUCGCGGAAGCUCAGAAGCUGGUUCAGACCGUAGAGGCGGAAAUUUCCAGUGAUACUACGGGCACUGUCUCAACAUCCAAAUCAGGGUGGGGAGGCGGCAAGAGCGUGAACGAGCUAUGGGGUGAUGUGUUCUCCGAGCGCGGUGCCCUCGCAGCCGCUGAAUCCUUGCCCUACGUUGCUUUAGGAGACUAUGAAUCAGCAUUGACACAUUUCGCUGACCAUCCGUCUGCCAUCGUCGGCCUAUCAAAUAUCCUACUGGAUAUCUACAAUGAAGACCUCCUCCCGCCUCCAUCCAGUCCAUCCCUUAUCCUACCUGGCCCUGCAAACACACUCUCAGCAUCAGCCAUCAGUACCCCCACCCCCUCCACACCAUCGCCAAACCAACCCUCCUUCCCCCCCAGCACCUCCCCCCUAGCCUUCUCGCAAGGACCCCUCGGCAUGUCCACCUCCCCCUCCAUCAAACCCCAAGCAUCCAUCAUGACCACCACCACCUCUUCAUCCGCCAAAGACUGCUCCGCCACGGCCCUUCUCGACCGCCUCGCGGCCCGCGACCGCGCCUACGGCCUCCUCACCACCCUCUCCAAACUCGGCACCGGCUGGAACUAUCCCGAAGCGUGGUUUGCGCUGGCGCGCGCCUACGAGUUAGGGGGCCAGCUGGACAAGAGCAGAGAGUGUUUAUGGUGGUGCGUAGAGCUGGAGGAAGGUCGUGCGGUUAGGGAUUGGAGUGAGGUUGUUGGUGGAGCGGGGGCGGGCAGAGGAGGAUAUGUUCUGUGAGGAGAUGGAGGAGAAGAAGAAGAAUGGGGGGAUGGAUAGUCUGGGAAUAGAUUGGGGGGUGGAUGAGAGGGGAUGGUGAUGGUCAUGAGGAGAGGAUGGGUGAGUGAGUGAGUGAGUGAGUGAGGAAGAUAAUGCCAGCGUGUACAUG